AAGCAGCAACCCAGGAGAAUCCUGUCGAAACCUGAGAGCUCUGCCUAAAGUUCUAUCUUGCACCUGUUCCCCUGGUUUCGGGCCUUACCACCUGCCCAGCCCUGCCCACCGUUCGCGCAACAAUGAGCGACCAGAUGCCACUGGACCCCCAUCAGCCGGUGCUGUACAUUGACCAUUGUUGCUUACGCGAAAAUUACCGGCGAGACGCAGUCCUGCUGCACGCCUCACUGGCGGAGGCACUGCGUGCCCUCUAUCCGCGCGUCGUUCUGCAGCUGCGGAUCAACGAGAACGGACCGGCGGAGGAGGGGGCCUUCGAGGUAGCGAUUGCCGCCACCCCCACCGUAUCCCCCGCCGACAGGAAGCUUAUCUGGACGGGUCUGCGGCGGGUUCCGUUCGCUUCAAAGGUGCCUCAUGUGGACGACAUAAUCACUUCGGUUUGCAAUGCUCUACAUUUGGUGGGGCAUAAUAAUAUCUCGAAGGAGGAAUUACACCGAAGGGUAAUGACGAAUCUGAGACGCAGCCGUAAGAUCCCCAACGAGGAGGAAAACGAAUUGCAGCCAUAAGAGAGGAAGGGAGGUGUACGGAAUGCGCAGGGCAGUGCGGAAACGUCUGGGGAACUUCAAAAUUAAUCGAGACAUAGGUUUACAUUUGGAAUUUUAGAACUUAGAGCACAUGACGUAAAUAUAUAUAGAAAAUAUUUAAAA